AUGCCUCUGCCUGUGUUGAUCUGUCAGAGGCUGAAGAGAGAGGAGCAGAGGGAGAGGAGCAGAGGGAGAGGAGCAGAGGGAGAGGAGCAGAGGGAGAGGAGCAGAGGGAGAGGAGCAGAGAGAGAGGAGCAGAGAGAGAGGAGCAGAGAGAGAGGAGCAGAGGGAGAGGAGCAGAGGGAGAGGAGCAGAGGGAGAGGAGCAGAGGGAGAGGAGCAGAGGGAGAGGAGCAGAGAGAGAGGAGCAGAGAGAGAGGAGCAGAGAGAGAGGAGCAGAGAGAGAGGAGCAGAGAGAGAGGAGCAGAGAGAGAGGAGCAGAGAGAGAGGAGCAGAGAGAGAGGAGCAGAGGGAGAGGAGCAGAGGGAGAGGAGCAGAGGGGACUGAGAGCAAAACCUUAAUCUCCAAGUGUCGCUCCUGCAGGCACAAACUCAGAUCCACUCUGUCCUUCAGUUGUUAG